CCUCCCCUCCCUCCCCUCCCUCUCCCAGCCGCGCGAAGCGUCCGCGAUGACCGAGUCUCUAGGGUGGCACUGCAUUGUUGUGGAGCAUUUCAAUGCAGGGGCCGGGCAGCGUCAGCACACCAAGUUCCGGGCGCAGUUCAGCACCUGCGGGCGCCCGCCCCAGGACCUGAUCUUCCGCUUCUCCCAGGUGGAUCAGCUGCUGGCCCGCUUAACGCAGAUGCCCGAGCUUCGCGACCUCGCCUUGCCAAGGCUGCCGCCUAAGGUCACCUGGCGGUCCUUGUCAUCCGGCCGCUUUGAUGACAGCUUCCUGCAGGACAGGCAGGCGGGCCUCACCAAGUUCUUCGAGGACCUGGCGGCGGUGCUGAACGCCAAGUACGCCGAGGUGGGCGACGUGCUGGAGCUGUGCGAGCCACUGGGCGAGUUUGUGGCAGUGGCUGCGCGGGCGGGGACUGCUGCAGAGGUGGCGGCCGUGGCGGCAGAGGAGGCGGCGGUGCGUCGGGAGGAGGACCGGCAGAUCAUCGCCUCGCAGAACGAGGAGUACGAGGAGAGCCUCCGCCAAGACGAGCUGCGGCGCAUCGCCGCGGCGGAGAAGGAGGCGGCGGCGCGCCAGGCGGCGCUGGAGGAGGAGCAGCGGCAGGCCGCCGUGGCCGCGCAGGCUGCCGCCCUGGUGGAGGAGAUCAAAGCGCGGCGGGCGCGGUUCGAAAAGGAGAACCCCGAGCCGGCGGCGGGCGAGGCGCAGGCGACGGUGCGCAUCCGCGCGCCCAGCGGCCAGACCAUCUGCCGGGCCUUUCCGGACUCCGCCAAGGUGUCGGCGCUCUUCGAGUUUGCCGCGGUGGCGGAGUGGGAGGGGCCCGGCCAUGGCCAAGCCUUUGACCUCAGAACCUCCUUCCCGGUGCAGAACCUCAAGGGGCGGGAAUCUGAGACGUUGAGGGAAGCGGGGCUUUGCCCCUCCACCACGCUGCUCGUGGCGCCCGAGGACUGAGCCCACUGCCAUUGGGACCCGGCGUUGGCGCCAGAGAAGCCACGCGCUCAACACAAAAAUUGAGGGG